GUCAAGCAGUCACCGGGGCGAUAAGCAGCGACGAUUAGCAGACGAUGGUGGUGAGAGAUUACACGCGGUUAGUUGCUACUGUCUUGAUUGCGGUCGUCUACACUUGUUGGCGUGCUGGUGUGGUGUUGGCGCAGAGUGGUGUUAAUAAGAAUAAUAUUAUAACCAUUAUGGAGGCUGUGACGAAUUUGGAGCGCAGCACGGAUCCGGCGUUGGAUGUCAAGAGCAACAUCACCGAACUGACCAAACGCGAGACGCUGGCCGUGCAGCAAACCUGGGAGGAAGUGCUGAAGCUCGGCACGCCCACCGUCGGGGUGGCGCUCUUUGACCUGUUUUUCUCGCGCAAUCCAAACUACGUCCAGUUCUUCAAAGCACUGCGUGACGUGCCAGCUGGCCAACUGAAGACACAUCCACGAUUGAAAGCCCACGGAACGACGGUGGUGCAGACACUUUCUGGAAUUAUACAAACUCUGGACGAUCCCGAGACAACCGUGCUGAUUCUGCAGAAGACCGGCCGCGAUCAUGUGCGCCGUAAGAUCCACGCGGAACAGUUUCAAGAGCUGCACCGAACCGUGUUUGUUUUAUUGGAGCAAGUAUUGGGUCCAUUGUGGACGCCGUUGGUGCGCGAGAGCUGGGAUAAAGCAUUGAGCGUGGUGAUGAAGGUGGUCCUGGAUUCCCUGGAAGAUGAAGAAGCCAAGCAGCGGAAUAAUGCGGUGUGAACCAACCCAGCGGUGCGGAAACCGUGCUUGUUAUUUAAUCAUUCCCGGUGAUUGCGCAGUACAAGCUAUUCAAUGCCCAUUUAAAGGUUAAUUUAAAGUUUUAAACAUGCCUAGUAGUUAUUCAUUACAUUUGGCCAUUAUUGCAUGCAAAAUGCUAAAGCGAAAGUGCAUUCUUUGCCUGGUACAACAGUAAAAGUACGUGCUUGUUUCUGAGGAUUUAGCGGGAGAAUCAUUGUGACGACAUUUUAAUAUUUAUUUGUCUGCGG